CUGCAGCCCGGUUGGGAAUUUUGUUCAAUUUGCCUGCGGGACCAGCAUGGCACCGGAGCCAAGGCCUUCCGCUGAUGUUGUCUCCUAGCCCACCCUGUCUGUCAGGCCCUUUGCGAAGCUGGUGAUGGGCCCAGGCCAGAUGGGAAAUGAGAAGGGACGUUUGGCCCUCUUUGCAGGCCCUUGGAGAUGGGACGGAAACGGAAGGCCACUGACGUGCAAGAUGAGGAACCCAGCGAAGCCGGGGCAGAUCUGGAGUUACGCUGGGAGUGGGAGACCUCUGGCGGCAGCUGGCGGCAGUUCCCGCCGGAGCAGAGUGAGGCCCUAAGCCAGGCAGCCAGGGCAGGAAGGCCUUCUGUGGACCUCGGCGAGUCCUCCGUCGACCUACGUGGGAUGAUGCAGCGGGAUAAACAGACGGGGCAGGAAAUGCGUGUGGCUGCAGCGGUCCAGGAGGGGGACUCAUAUUUUGUGUGGCAGUGGCUAGGAGACCAAGAAGGCGAGUGGCUCCCAUACCCGGCCGACACCUGCUUGGCCUUGCAGGCAGCGAAGAACGGCCACGGGAAGCCCACGGUGGAAACGAUGGUCAGCCGGACACGCUACAAGCUGGACACAGCCCGCAUGGUGCAGAUCAACACCCGCACCGGAUUUGAACGCAAGAUGGAACGCCGGCAAUCCGAUGCUGUAGAGCAUGAGGAGAGAGACGCUCAAGCCAGCAACAGCUUCUCCGAUACCAAAGGUCCCACAGCCGCAAAGAAGGCCAGGAACGGAGCAAAUACAACAUCAUCUCAGGGAGACGGGGAUACCAAGGGAGAGGCUGUGAAGACAUUGGUCAAGAAGGGGAAAGCUCCGGUGGACCCAGAAUGCUCUGCAAAGCAAGGCUCAGCUCACGUUUACUGCGAGGGAGAUGACGUUUACGACGUGAUGUUGAAUCAGACAAAUCUUCAGUUCAACAACAACAAGUACUACCUCAUCCAGUUGCUGGAGGAUGACGGAGCACGAAACUACAGCGUCUGGAUGCGCUGGGGGCGGGUGGGUAAACCAGGUCAACACUCCCUCAUGAGUUGCGCUGGAGACUUGACUAAAGCCAAAGUAAUUUUCACCAAGAAGUUCUUGGAUAAAACCAAAAAUGAAUGGGAUAAGCGGGCUAACUUCCAGAAGGUUCCAGGCAAAUAUGACCUUCUCCACAUGGACUACGAAGCCAAUGAUGCAGGGGAAGAGGAAGACUCUUCCCCAAAAUCAGUCUCGUGCCCCAAGCCAGUGUCGCGGCUGGAUCCACGGGUGCAGGCCUUGGUGGAAUUAAUCUGCAGCAUCCGCACCAUGGAAGAGAUGGUUGUGGAGAUGAAGUAUGACACCAAGAAAGCCCCUCUUGGAAAACUGACGGCUGAACAGAUCCAGGCCGGUUAUCAGUCUCUGCAAAAAGUGGAGGCAUGCCUGAAGAGGAAGCAGACGGGCCGCACUCUGCUGGAGGCCUGCAAUGAAUUCUACACUCGGAUUCCCCACGAUUUUGGACUGAGGACUCCCCCAUUGAUAAAGACAGAGGAGGAGUUGCAAGAGAAAGCACAGUUAUUGGAGGCCCUUGGUGAGAUCCGGAUCGCCAUCAAGCUGGUGCGGUCAGAGCAACUGGACCAAGAACACCCCCUGGACCGGAGCUACCGUGGCCUGAACUGUCAACUCCAGCCCCUCGAGCGGGACAACCCAGACUUCCAGAUAUUGGAGCGCUACCUGCUGUCCACUCAUGCCCCGACCCAUAAAGAUUACACAAUGACUCUCCUGGAGGCCUUCGUGCUGAACAAGGAAAGUUUCACUUUCCGCUCUGACCUGCCUAACCGGAUGUUGUUGUGGCAUGGGUCCCGCCUGGGGAACUGGGCCGGCAUUUUGAGCCAGGGGUUACGAGUGGCACCGCCGGAAGCUCCCGUCACAGGCUACAUGUUUGGGAAAGGGAUCUAUUUUGCCGACAUGUCCUCCAAAAGCGCCAACUACUGCUUUGCCACCCGUGAGAGAGACUUCGGCCUGCUGCUGCUUUCAGAGGUGGCUCUGGGCGAAAGCAACGAACUCCUGGAGGCAAAUCCCGAAGCGAUGAACUUGCCGCCCCACAAACACAGCACCAAAGGGCUUGGCAAACUGGCCCCGGCCAACAACACCGUUCUGCAUGGGACCGUCGUCCCUAUGGGUCCGGUUGUGGAAACAGGCGUGGUAAACCCCCACGGCUACACCCUGAACUACAACGAAUUCAUUGUCUACGACCCACAGCAGGUGCGGAUGAGGUAUCUUCUCAAGGUGCGCUUUAAUUUCACUCAGCUGUGGUAAGAGCUGACAGAGGAUUGCCAGAAAGAGGGCGGCUCCGCCCGCCCCCCAUUUUUUUGAGUGCCUUCAACUGAAGAGAGACUGUUAAAAGGAUCACCCUUUUGCUGCUGACUGAUGGUCCUCUGGCACAUUCCAAGAGCACGCUUAACAUUCUCUUGGGGGGAAAGUAGGUUUAAAAAAGGAAUAAGAAGAAAUCAUUGCGGUUCAAUAAACUAUAAUCCAAGAUGCAAGACUCAGAACUUUGCUACCAGCUGGCUGCUAGAAACGGGCCCUGUGGUGUGCUUAAGUACAGAUCAAGAGGCAUAUUAAAAAAAAUAUUGUUGUUUGUGAUGUUCUGAAUAGCUACUGUGUCAGGGCAACGAUAUGCUAUUUUUGUUGUUGUUAAAAUAAAAAGUUUUAAUACUAA